CUUUCGCCCUUGGCAACCUGAGCGCCGGAAGCGCAUGUGCUCCCUGCGAACAGUGGGGGGGGCGGGGAAGCGAGAUUCCGAGCUGCGGAGGGGCCCAGCGGGAGCAUGGAGGCGACCCGCGCCGGCAGCGCCCCCCUGCGCUUCAAAUCCAACUAUGCCAUGUCUAGGAAAUUUGAGCCUUUCUACAAAGGAGGGAAAGUCCAGAUCAGCCGAGAUGGAAAACACAUGUUUUGCCCAUGUGGGACGAAACUAAAUAUAAUGGACAUAGAAACAGGAACCCUUGUUCAUAGCAUCGAACAGGAUGAACAAGAGGACAUUACGUCAUUUGUUCUUAGCCCCGAUGAUGAGAUUCUUGUGACGGGAAGCCGGGCAUUGCUGUUAAAGCAGUGGGAAUGGCGACAGAACAAGUGUAGACGUACGUGGAAAGCAGUGCACACAGCACCAGUGGCCACUAUGAUCUUUGACCCCACUUCCACUUUGUUGGCCACAGGUGGCUGUGACAGCACCAUUAAGAUCUGGGAUGUAGUCAAACAGUACUGCACGCAUAACCUGAAAGGAUCUACGGGGGUUGUACACAUUGUCCAGUUCCAUCCCGAUAUCUCCCGCUUGCAGCUCUUCUCCUCCUCAAUGGACUAUAUAAUCCGGAUCUGGGACCUGAAAUCCAGCAAGUGUAUCGCCUCUCUCGACGGCCACUACAGUGCUGUCACCUCUCUGGCUUUUGCUCCAGAUAGGGACACACUCAUCAGCUCUGGUCGUGAUAAAAUCUGUAUGAUAUGGGACCUAAAAACAAGAGAAGCCAAGAGGACUGUCCCUAUAUAUGAGAGUGUGGAGGCUGCAGUAUUGUUACCCGAGGAUGGAGAUUUCUCACACUUGGGUGUGAAGAAACGAGGGCUUCACUUUCUCACAGCUGGCAGCAAAGGGAUCCUGCACAUCUGGGAAGCCGCCACAGCUGCCUGCGUGUACACCCAGCCUGUGCCCUACCAACGUGUGGAUGCCAAGGAGGAAGAAGAGUGCAGCACACACAGUCUGACACACUGCAUGCUGGUGCCUGGGAAAAAUGAGAUCGCAACUGUGACUGCUGAGCAUAAUAUCAUCUUCUACGAUGCCCAGACGCUUCAGCUCAGAAAGCAGUUUGCAGGUUACAACGACGAGGUUCUGGAUGUGCGGUUCCUUGGCCCUGCUGACUCUCACAUUGUUGUGGCUACCAACAGCCCUCAGCUAAAAGUGUUUGAGCUGGCAACGUCGCACUGCCAGAUCCUGUAUGGCCACACAGACACGGUUCUUGCCCUGGACGUCUUCAGGAAGGGCUUGAUGUUUUCUAGCUGUGCUAAGGACAGAAGCCUCCGGGUUUGGCGGAUGGAUAAAGCAGGCGAUGUGGUCUGCGUGGCCGAAGGAUUGGGUCAUGCCCAUGGAGUGGGUGCGCUGUCUUGCUCAAGAAUGAAAGAGAGCUUUGUAGUCACCAGCAGCCAAGACUGUACCAUCAAAGUCUGGAAUCUCCCAGAGUCCCUCGCUGCCAAAGCAAAAGCAGGCUUGGUCUCUCGCCCUGAAGUUCUUCAUGCCCACGUAACAGAGAGGGGUCACAACAAGGAUAUAAAUAGUGUGGCGGUUUCUCCAAAUGACAAACUGAUUGCCACUGGCUCACAGGACAGGACGGCCAAGCUGUGGUCCUGUCCUGAUUGCUCUCUGAUGGGCAUCUUCUCGGGACACACGCGUGGGAUCUGGUGCGUGCAGUUUUCUCCUGUGGAUCAAGUCUUGGCCACCUCCUCAGCAGAUGGCACUGUGAAGCUGUGGGGUCUUCAUGACUUCAGCUGUCUGAAGACUUUUGAAGGUCACGACGCCUCUGUGCUGAAGAUAGUUUUCGUGAGCCGGGGGACACAGCUGCUUAGUAGCGGUUCCGAUGGGCUCUUGAAACUUUGGACGAUUAAAACAAAUGAGUGUGUGAAAACCUUAGACGGUCAUGAAGAUAAAGUGUGGGGUCUCCACUGUAACAGACAGGAUGACCUGGUCGUGACAGCAUCCAGCGAUUCCUGUGUCAUCCUGUGGAAGGAUGUCACUGAAAUUGAGCUGGAAGAGGAGCAAGCUAAGCAGGAGGAGCAGAUUAUGAAAGAUCAAGAGCUUUCCAACCUGCUCCACGAGAAGAAGUACCUGAAAGCUUUAGGGCUGGCAAUCUCUUUGGAUCGGCCACACACGGUGCUGACAGUGAUCAAGGUUAUCCUUAAGGAAACCAAUGGGAAAGAGAACUUAGAAAAGAACAUCCUUAGACUGCGGAAGGAUCAGAAAGAGUCAGUGUUGAAGUUUUUGGUGACAUGGAACACAAACUCUCGAAACUGCCAUGAGGCCCAGGCUGUCCUUGAAACCCUCCUAAAGCACGAAGCGCCAGAGUGUCUCCUGCAGUAUGAGGGGAUCAAAACUGCUGUGGAAUCCCUUCUGCCGUACACUGAGCGCCAUUUCCAGAGACUAGGCCGCUUAUUGCAAGCCUCCAUGUUCAUCGAUUUCAUGUGGCAAAAUAUGAGACUAGCAGAUGUGUCAAAGUGGGAAGAGGACAUGAGUCUGUGACCUUUUAUAUGCUGCUUGCAGUAUACCGAGGGGAAUGACUGGUGAUCCAAGGACCCGCACACACUGACUGAAGUGCCGGACGCUAACGUUAGUUCCCCCCACCCCACCCCAAGUUGCAGUUUGAGUAUUUUUAUAAUAAAUAUUUCAAGUUUGAUUUUAU